AUGAAGUUUAUUGUUACAUUGGUCACUCUUUUAGUUAUUGCAGCUGCAGUAGUAUCAUCACAAGAUCUUCCAGCUAGUGAGGUUGUAGUCCUUACAGAGAAGAACUUUGAUUCUACCCUUGCUAGUGGAGGUAAUUGGUUCGUCAAGUUCUACGCCCCAUGGUGUGGACAUUGCAAGAAGCUUGCUCCUCUUUGGGAAGAACUUGCUACCAAGACUGCCAAGGACGUUGCAAACUAUGCCAAGGUUGAUUGUACUCAAGAAAAGUCUGUCUGUUCUCAAUUCAAGGUUAGAGGUUACCCAACUCUUAUGUACUUUACUGAUAAUGGUAAAUCAUAUUAUGAAUAUCAAGGUGAAAGAAAGAUUGAAUCAUUUAAUUCAUUUGCUGCCAAGCCAACUGGAACCAAGAAUGCUGUUAGUGGAUCAGUUGAAUCUACUGGUGGUGCUGCUGCUCCAAUUGUUGAACUUACCAAGGACAACUUUGACCAAACCUACAAUGGUAAAUGGAUGGUUGCCUUUUACGCUCCAUGGUGUUCAUACUGCAAAAAGUACGUUCCAACCUUUGAAAAGAUGGCCAACAACUACAAGAAUACUGUCAAUUUUGCAAAGAUCAACUGUGAAGUUGAAAAGGAAAUCUGUCAACUCUACCAAAUCCCAGGUUAUCCAACCUUUAAAUUCUUUGAAGGUAAGGGAAUGAAGGAUUUCUCUAUGGAACCAACCGAAGCAAACCUUAAGUUUUAUUUGGGUGCUGGUAACAUUGGUACUUUUGUUCACAAUAGACCAUGGAACAAGACCUUUGAUUUAGUUCAAAAUGCUAUUAUUGUAUACGUUUGGUUAUUCCUUGGAGUUUUCUUCACUUUAGGUUUAUUCCUUGGAUGGGUUUUCUUCUCACCAUCAAAGCCAAGACCAGUUGUUGCCAAGUCCUCUGAACAACCAACUACUGCUAUGUCCUCAUUUUGUGAUGUUGAAGACGAAAACAAGAAAAGUAUAGAAACUCAUCGAGACGAGUUGAUAACAGAGAGGGACGGAUUACUAGCAGCAAAGCGAUCCUAUGAAGAAAGAGAGGAGGACGAGCAUCAAGCGUACAACAGACUCACAAAAGUAGAAGAUCUCUUCACUCUUCUUGUGAAUGAUGGAAUCAGAAAAGAUGAUAAAAUUCAAGCAAUAGAAGAACUAUCUAGAUUUAGCCUGUCAAUUACGAAACAUGAUAGUACUUUUAAUGAUUUCAUUCCAACAAGACAUAAAUCAGUAUUAGACACAGUGUCAAUAACAAGAAAAGACGUAUGCAACGUUAGAUUUAAAUUUAUUUCAUCUACAGGUACCACUAGCUGA